UUCAUAAAACAGGAAGAGAGAGAACGAGCGAGAGAGAAAGAGGUAGACAUCCCCAAGGAUGAACGCGAAACCCCAACUUCUCUGAACUUGGAGAGUUAAAGGUUUAAGGAGAGCGAGGGAGAAUAGAAGGCUGUAACAUAGGAAGGAAGAAGCAAGUAAGAGCGAGGAAGACUGAAGUAACACUUAUGCCAUGACACAGACACAGCAUCGCCUCCAGUCGACGGUCCCUCUAUCAGCCAUGAAGGCAGGAAAGGUGGCGAUGUCUCCAGGAGAGGACGGUCUGAUCGGGAUCCCCUUCCCAGAGCACAGCAGCGAGAUCCUGUUCCGCCUCAACGCCCAGCGCAGGGCGGGGCUACUCUGUGACCUCACCCUGACCUCGCGGGGUGCCCGCUACCCUACCCACCGCUCCGUCAUGGCUGCCGUCAGCCUCUACUUCCGCGGGCUGUUUGGAGCGGAGGAGGGGGCCGAGGCAGGGGCCGAGGCGGGGGGAGGAGGAGGAGGGUUCAGUGUGUGCCAGCUGGACUGUGUCGCGCCCGAUGCCCUGGAUGCCCUGCUGGAGUUUGCCUACACGGCCACCCUGACCAUCCGCAGCUCUGGCAUGAGAGAUGUGUUGAGAGGAGCUCAGUUACUGGGGAUCCAGUGUGUGGUUGAUGCCUGUAGAGACAUACUGGGGGAGGCAGCGGGGGAGGUAGAGUGGGAGACUGGGGAGGAGAGGGAGAGAAGGGUGGAGAGGGAGAGAAGGGUGGAGAGGGGGGUGAAGAAAGGCUCCCGGAGGAAGAUAGACAGACGGAGAGUCACCAAGGUGGAGUCAUCGCACCACCAGCCACUGCCUCAUCGCCCCAACAUUAACACACACCAGCACCCCUCCACUCCUCCUCCACACUCCUCACCUGUUCAAGACGGGGCCCACUCUCAUCCCUCCACCCGACCCCCCAGCCCUGAGCAGGAUGAACACCCCCCCACCACGGGACAGAACGGGGAGUGGAAGCAGGGCAGGGAUGCAGGGAGAGGGAGUACAGCAGUCAACGGAGGGGUGCACUGGCCUCAGGAGCGCCUCCUCGCCCCCCACCCCCCUAUUCCCCUCUCAGACGACAGGCUGUCAGAAGACGAGGAGGAGAUGGGGAACGGUGGGGUGCCCAGCUUUACUUCAGCCCCCCUGGCAGAGCAAGAGGUGGCCACAGGGGCAGGAGGAGGGGGUAGGAAGAGGAAGUCUCAGACCCCCCAGCAGUGUCCUGUCUGUCAGAAGAUCAUCCACGGAGCAGGGAAGCUGCCCAGACACAUGAGAACACACACCGGGGAGAAACCAUUCGAGUGCUCUACCUGCGGGGUCCGCUUUACCAGGAAUGACAAGUUGAAGAUCCACAUGCGUAAACACACAGGGGAGCGUCCGUACCCUUGCCCCCACUGCCCUGCCCGCUUCCUGCAUUCCUACGACCUGAAGAACCACCUGUCUCUCCAUAGUGGGGCACGCCCCUUCGAGUGCCCGCUCUGCCACAAGGCCUUCGCCCGUGAGGACCACCUCCAGCGCCACCGCAAGGGCCUCAGCUGCCUGGAGGUCCGUACCCGGGCACGGCCGAGGCGCGGGCCUGGGGCUGACCACGGGGAAGAGGGCAGAAGGGUUAGAGGAGGAGGAGGAGGGUAUUCUCCAGACCAACUUGAGAAUCUGGCCCUGCAGCCCCACGCCUCAGCAUUCCACCGUGCUGGGAUGGUUGGCCUGGGAGAUGGGGCUGGGGCUGGAGGUCAAAUGGUGUACCAGGAGGAGGCUGACGGGGAGCAAGCUAUAGCCCUCCUAGGGCCUCACAGGUUACCCUACUCUGGUCUGCUGUGGAGAGGCCUGGAGCUGGGGGUGAGAGGGGUGGAGGGGGAGGAGGCAGGCGGGGGCCACUCUCCUGCACUUCAGCAUGCAAGAUGGGAGGAGGCGGCAGAGGAGGCGGCAGAGGAGGAGGCAGAGGAGGAUGAGGAAGACGAGUGAGAAGAGAGGAAGAGUAGAGCGUGCAUGGAUGUGUAUGUGUGUGCAUGUGUUUGUGCGUGCGUGUGUGGCACCUACAGUAUGGGUGGGGAUCUCACUCAGGUGACUGGACCUGCUCCUUCUUACAAAGCGCUUAGAGAGACUAAACGAUAGAGAAAGACUAAACGAUACAAAAAGAAUAAUGGAAAACGGGUUUUCUGAUUUGUUAUUGUUGUUUCAUGGCUCUGUUUUUAUUUCAGUUGUCUUUUAUUUCUAUUUUCCAUUAUUUCUAUUUGAUUUCAUGCUGUGGUUAUUCUUAUUAGCUGUACAUAAAAAAGGCUUUAUUGAGGGAAUGUUUUGCACAUAGAUGUGCUGAUGGGGAUAUGGGGUUCUUUUCUCUCACUAUGCAAACUGAAGUCAGGAGAUGAGAAAAAUGAUGUGUCCAGGUGUAAAAAAAAAAAAAAAAAAAAAAGAAAAGAAAAAAAAGCAGAGAAAAGAAAUCAUGUAUUUUUGAGCAGAGUGCUGUUAGAGUAAUAUAACAAUCAAAUGUUAUUGAAGUUCAAACAACAUCCAUCUGGCACUACUAAACCCUAUCACUCUUCAUGUCACUAUACUAGCACUCUCAGCGGGGUAGUAAGAAACCAGAAUCAUCCGGAGACACAAAGCCUGAAAACCGGUAGCUUCCGGUUCCUUCCGACCCGCUCAGGCAUUUGUUUUACGCCUGCUAAGUUAGGUAAGUAUAGUAGUAGGUGUGGAAUCUGCUGUUUGACUUUGGGUGUACCCUACUACCCUCUAGUGGUUAUUGGUGGAGCUAGUCGCCAAUGGCAACAAGUCACCAGGUUUCCUAUUGAAGACAUUAUCUAACAGUAACAGUCAUAUUUUAAUAAGGUUUAUUAUUUUGCUGUCUGUUGUAAGUAGAUUUUCAUGCCCUUUUAUGAGGCACCGAUGAUACCAAAGAUUUCAGUUUAUUUCUUCCUAAUCAAUCAGUUUGAUCAAGCACAGGAGCACCAGAGCUAUAGAUUGAGAUGGGCACGCACUGGUUGAAUCAUUGUUGGUUCCACGUCAUUUCAAUGAAAUUACAUUAAACCAACGUGGAAUAGACAUUGAAUUGAUGUCUGUUCCCAGUGGGAUGGCUCUAAGGGUAUCCUGGGAUUUUAGAGCCAAGGUUUGGUUGAAAGACGUGUCUUCAUUUGCCCGGUUCUCUGCUGCAGACUGCUAGAAGGGUUGGACACUGCUUCCAUAGGUUCGAUUCUCUGUGGGGCUCUACUACCCUACCAAGCAAAAUGGCAGUGACUGCUCAUAGAGUGGAACUGAGAAAAAUGUAUUUCAUUUACCUUGGUUUCACAGUAACUUUAUAUAGUUCCUGCUAACAUGACCCACAUUUUCUCCAGAAUACAAUACAAAAGAGGCAGGAUAUUUGUCCUCAUGAUUAAGCAUGUAUUUAAUGUAGCAAAAAUGUUCGACCAAAUGAGCAGUUACUGCCUUUUUGCUUGGUAGGGUAGUCUAGUGCUCUGUGAAAAAUGCCUGACCAAAACUAGACUACAUCUGCAGGGUCAUUGGAUGAUUGUUAAUGAGAGGUGUGUUUGUUGCUUUAGCGUUUACAUUUUGACAUCGACAGGGGACAAUUCCUUUCCAAAGUUUCCUUCUUUAAAAUGUCUUCUGAUCAUGCACUCCUCGUUUUUUGUUGAUUGCAAAAAGAGCGAGAGAAAAGGAGAGAGCGAGACCAAAAGGGAAGGAGGGACCUUGAUCUCUUGAUUGCUCUGUAUUUAUUUAUUUAUUGUUAUUUAUUGUGGCUUUCCAGUUGAAACUGUGUGUGUGACCUGACCCAGGGUAUCCACAGUGACCUGACCCAGGGUAUCCACAGUGACCUGACCCAGGGUAUCCACAGUGACCUGACCCAGGGUAUCCACAGUGACCUGACCCAGGGUAUCCACAGUGACCUGACCCAGGGUAUCCACAGUGACCUGACCCAGGGUAUCGACAGUGACCUGACCCAGGGUAUCCACAGUGACCUGACCCAGGGUAUCCACAGUGACCUGACCCAGGGUAUCCACAGUGGCCUGACCCAGGGUAUCCACAGUGACCUGACCCAGGGUAUCCACAGUGACCUGACCCAGGGUAUCCACAGUGGCCUGACCCAGGGUAUCCACAGUGACCUGGCCCAGGGUAUCCACAGUGACCUGACCUGGGUUUGAUACAGUGACCCGCAACACCACUCGGCUCGGUCCCCUUCUGGCACAGUUGAAGUGCUCUGUACCUGCUUCCUUUAGAGUCUUAAGAGAAACUGCAUUGUGCUUAACGUGACGGCUAACAAAGACCCGUACACCCAGUGCCAUGUUGGGUGAUAGGUCCUCUGUUGGCUAUUCUCCCUCCUUUUGCAUUUGUUUUGCACAACACAUCACACCCUGAAAAGGUACUGCAAUAAUACUGGCACAUUCCAUCCUCCGGGGGAGAAAGAAGGGAUCAGAAAAGAGAGGGGGAAAAGAGACAGACCGAGCCUUUCUCUCUCUCUUUAGAGCACAAGACAACUGUCGCACCACCCGUAGCCAUUUCACACUUUCAGUUAAAGAGAUAAGCAUCAACUGCACUUAGGGAGAGAACUGUGUUGUUGAUUCAACAUGUACUGUAUGUUAUUGUGUUUUCUGUCAACGCUGUGUGUAUAAGUCACAGAUAGGCCCUUAGGGGGCCUGUCUCUAGGAGACCAGCGACCAUCUUGGGUGGCCCAUUGCAGGUGUAAGGCUACUUUGCUUACAGAUAAUCAACUAUUUCUUCAAAGUCUGUCACUCUUUAGGUGAUAGUGAGUUAUGUUCUUUAUUUACAACUAUUUACGAGAGCUGUAACUCUAGCCUGAAGCUUAUGUAGCUCUAGCAGACUGGACCUGUGUGUGCUAUCCAUUCCGCGCUAUGUAGAAGAACUUUCCUUGUUUCUGAUUUAUUUGCACUAAAAUAUUGAGAGCUUUUAUGUUUUUUUGUUUCACCUCCUUAUCCAUUCCAUGACGUCACUCAGUAUCGUUUAUGAUUGUAAGAGAAGAUAUCUGUAUAUUGUUCCUUCAAUUCUUGAUAAUAACAUUGGUCUAUAUUCUUUCUACUGCGUAGUGUAAUAAUCAUGAUAAGAGAUUGCAAUGUAAAGGGGUGAAGCUGCCUUGGACUUUUAGUUUUGUGCUGCAACUAUUCUCAGGAAAUCUUGAGCAAUGCACUAAGUAAUUAUGCAAAAUUGUGGGGGAGAUAUGCUGUGUAUAUAUAUGUAGCCUAUGUAUGUUCAUACAUGUGUCUGAAGAGGUAGUGACACCUUUCACUCAAUAGUACGGUUCCAAUAUAACCCCUUGUACCACAUGACUAUGAGGAAGUCAGAUAAAAGCAAAUAGAGAAAUAGUAGAUAUCCAUUUGUAUGGUAAAACAUGUACAAUGUAGUGUACAUCAAUUGAAACCAGCCAGUCACACAUUGUGCUGAAAGGUUUUUUGUGCUGAGGGGUGUUGCUACCAGCAUUCAGAGAACUUGGGGAGUGAAUGAGAGGGAAACAUUAUGCCAGCUGUGAAGCGUGGUGUUUCUAUGGAACUUUAUGUCGUUUUAUUUGGCUUUGGUGAAGGGAUCUGGGGUCUGUUUUGAAUAGAGACACCACUAUCAGGGAUACAUUUUUGUCUUUCCGUUUCUGUCAGAGAUAUUAAUUCAUUUUCCCAUUUGUUUCAGAUAAUGUAAAGAAAACAGAUAAAUAAACAAAGAUAUCUA